GGACGCUCUAAACAUAUUAUAGCAAACAUGCCUCUGGAGACACGGGCCGCACAAGCGUUAAGGAAGGUGACAUGUCGCCGGAGGCAUGUGCAUAAUAAAAAUUGAAAUCAUCAAAUUACCUUUCACAGUCGCAAUAUGUAGGUAAAAUAAUAAAUUAUGAUAUAAAACACAUUCAAAUUAACUUGCACAGUGUAUUCAAAGGUCAAGGUGUAGGUACAGUCAAAGAAUUUUUUUACAGUUAAUUAUCGCAAAAAUACUUUCAGUACUUAAGGGUUAAUGCUCGCUAUUAUUGUUCUAGAAUACCUUGGCUUUAUGAGAUUAUAAUUAUUCUAAUUCUUUCAUUACUAACUGUGAUAUAGUGAGGUAAUUACCAAAAGUUUUAAUAGUAAAAAUGGGAAGUUUUUUCGAAAAAUUUAGAGGCACUGGGCCUCAGUUAAUAGCUGCAUUUACAAGCACAUUUUUCGCCCUUUCUGAUGGAAUGCACUACGGUUGGACCGCCCCCGCCAUCUCCAAAUUAACCCACCCCAAUAGCCCGGUACAAACCACAAUAAGACAAGCAGAACUUCUGGAAACCGUCCUCAUGUUUGGUGCAUUUUGUGGCUUACCCCUGACGAUAUAUUUUCCAAACAAAAUAGGACGAAAAUAUUCCCUGCUAUUGGCUUCGUCGUUUUCGCUUACUGGUUGGAUGCUUAUAGCUCUGGCAAAUCAUAUCUACGUGGUAUUUAUAGCGAGGUUUUUUGCUGGACUGGCGGGAGAUAUGGCGUUUGUAGCCGCCCCAAUGUAUAUAGCUGAGAUUGCUGAUCAGAAAAUACGAGGAUUUUUAUCUAGUUUUAUCUAUUUAAUGAUGCUGACUGGAAUAAUUAUGGUGUACUGUAUAACCCCAUUUACACCAUUGUAUGUACCCCCAAUUAUUGGAGGAAGUUUUGUUUUAUUAGAACUAAUAAUAUUUCCCUUCAUGCCAGAAUCACCAUAUUACUUGCUUACAAAAGAUAAACGCGAAGAAGCCAGAUCAGCAUUAUUAAGACUAAGAAAUACUGAAAACAUUGAUAAAGAGUUUGAGACGAUAGAGUCAGCUCUUGCACGACAAAAAACUGAAACUGGUAGGCCACAAGAUCUAUUCUUAGUACCCAGUAAUAGAAAAGCUUUGCUUAUCAUGAGUGUUCUAAAUGCCGCUCAACAUUUUAGCAGUAUCAGUGUUAUGCUCAUGAACUUACAUUCAAUAUUAGCAUCAGCAGGUUCAACUUACAUUGAAGACUCAACCGCUGCCAUUUUAUUCUCACUUGUAAUGUUAACAUCAGCUCUAUGUUCCUCACUACUUAUGGAUAAAUUUGGGAGGAAGGCUUUACUAAUAAACUCCAGCAUCCUAACAGGGUUAACUUUGCUGAUCAUAGCCACAUACUUUCAAUUUAAAGUCUCAGGAUCAAACAUGGACUCAAUAAGUUGGAUACCUGUAGCUACAGUAAUGCUGUAUGCAGCCUGUUUUAAGUCAGGUUUAGGCUUAGUACCCAUUGUUUUAACUGCAGAAUUAUUUCCUGCAAAACUAAAAUCAUUUGGAAUGACUUUAGCCGAUGCUAGCUAUGUUGUAUGGGCUAUAAUAUCUCUCUUAGUGUAUCAGUUAUUGCACGAUAGGUUUGGAAUGCAUGUUCCUUUCUUUGUGUAUGCUAUCUCGUGCUUUGGCACUGCCAUUUUUACGUACUUUGUGAUACCAGAAACAAUGGGGAAAACAUUGGAUGAGAUUCAAUAUAUUCUUAAAGGUAAAGUACCACCGCCAAAGGGAGAUUUGAAAGCGGAUGCUAUCUAAGCACUUUUUAAAUUAAAUUUUUAAUUAAAUUGGUAAAGCAC